ACAGGCGGACAGUAGUUUUACAUUCCUAUGGAAUAUUAAGAAUUUCAGCAUGUGUCUCUCAACGGAAAAUCUCCGUAGCUCGUUGUUUGUUUUGAAAUCUUUAGCCGGCAUAAAAUGGCGCAUCGAAUUGUAUCCAUUCGAAAAUUCCGUAGCAACAUAUCUCAUCAGAGAAGAUGACAUUGCAGAAGCCUGCAAAGUAAGUUUCAGUUUUCAGAAACUAGAUUGCAACGGUGAGGAAAUACCUGGCAUUUUACAAGUUCCUAUCAUGACACAUAUAUUUAGCAAAAAUGGACGGCAUUUUGUACAAUGUAUGAAAAUUAAUUUGAUUUUAAGGUCUCUUAUUAACGAUAUUCUAGUUAUUAAAUGUAUUUUUAAACCAAUAUUUCAAACCCUUGAUCAAGAGAUACACUCUUCACUUCCUUACAAAACCGGCUUGUUCACCGACGUCGUGUUACGUGCUCAUGAUAGAGAAUUCAAAGUCCAUAAAGCUAUGCUGUGGACCAGGUGGCCUCAGCUGGCAAAGAAACUCGAUGACGAAAUGUCCUUCGAACAAGAUUUCUAUAUUGAAUCGAGUAUUCUGGAAGCCAUGAUCCACUAUGUUUAUACUGGAAGAGUAAAUUCCAGUGAAUAUGAGUUCUGUAAGGAGCUCUAUGUCAUUGCAGCAAGAUAUGGACUUCGCAUUCUGAAUACUACACCUGGUACUAUUGAAACAUGUGAAACCCGUAUUAAUGCAGAAAAAAUUACAUUUUUGUGGCCUAUAGAAGAUUUCUCACGUUUGACGGCCGAUACCCAGUUGUAUCACGAAUUUAAGAGGGAUAUCCCGCAGUCUUCUAAAUGGACCUUAAGAGUCAGCAUUCGUGAAAAGACGGAAACGGAGCAAAUCUUUAGCAUUUUCGUUUGUCGAACAUCAGAUUAUGAAUUCAAACCAAGUUUCAUAAGAACAAAAGUGUCCUUCGACGAUUCUCAUACUUCUGAAAAUGAACAUUUGUUUAAAAAGGAUGAAAAUUGGAAAUGCGCAGAGUUUUCGCGGACCUAUACUAUAAAUGUGGAAGAUGUAUUGCUGCUAAGAUGCGAAAUCAAAUUGUCCAAUGGCAGUUUUUCUUCGGAUACUGUGAAAUCUUCCUGUGUCUUUGAAACUUUUAUGAUUUACCCUUACUUACACAGAAGCCUUCGGAAUCUUUAUGAAAGCGGAAAAUUUUCUGAUGUUACUAUAGUAGUUGAUUCUAGACGAUUUCCUGUGCACAAAUUUAUUCUGUGUUCCCACUCUUCUGUAUUUUGCAGAAUGUUCGAAACUGAAAUGAUAGAAUCGGAAAGCAACCAAGUUCAGAUUUCUGAUGUGGAUCCUGAUAUAAUACACGCAAUGCUUCUAUUUAUAUAUUCUGGAGGUGUGGAAAAACUAUGUGUAGAAACAGCCAUGCAGCUGUACACAGCAGCUGAUAAGUAUGAUGUUCUCGCUCUCAAGAAAAUGUGUGCGUCCUUUUUGAAAUCUAAUAUUUCAGUCAAAAAUGUGUGCAACAUUCUCCAGUUAGCCGAAAUGCAUUCCGAUGAUGACUUGUUAUGGAAUGCUUUUGAAUUUUUUUCUGAUCAUCUACAGGAAAUUUUCUCUACCAAGGAAUGGAAAGAGAGUUCCAAAAACCAUGUUUACGCGAGACUUAUGCAGCAUGUGAUGGGUCGUACACGCAAACCCACAAAAUGAUUUGCGUACAAUUUCACAGCAGGGUUCGUUAGCAGAUGUAAAGUUUAUAAUUCCGUAAGUUGUAUAAUAUUUUUGUAAUUAUUAUAAAUAAUGUUCCUACUAAUUAUUUUAAAAGUAGGUUUUAUGAACUUGCCUGCUAUUGAAUCAUGUGAAAUAAGUAAUGCUUCAAGUGGUAAAAUUUAUUCUGGAACAUUUAUCAAUAAGAAUUAAUUUUAAGUAUGAAAAUUCUGGAUACAAAGAAGUUGAUCCUUCUGCAAUUCUGAUUUAUGUUUAUCAUCAAUUACUUUGCAAAUUUUCAUAACAUAUCUUAAGCAUAAAAUUAGACUUCAAAUUAGCCACAGUAUUUCGUAAUUUGUAAAUUAGUUAUAAUAUAAUGUUCUUGAAUUAAAAAAAAAUUUUUAUGCGUAUUUAAUUGAAUUUGUUGAAUAAUUGCCAAUGUUAUCUUAUUCUUCUGUUUUCCCUUUUGGUGUUUGCUCUAUUUUGAU